AUGCUGCGUUCCUCCGCCCUCUUGCGGGAUGUCAGCUUCGCCGGGGUGCGGAUGCCGCGGAAGUACGUCUCCAUGGGCGGGUGGUGCGGUCCCGCGCUUAUUUUGGGCAAGUUGGGUCUGCGCACCGAGGCGUACCCGUUUGACUUCAGUCGCUGCACGCUGGAUGGCGUCCUGCACUUCAUCCGCGACGGCUUCGCCCACGGCUUCUACCCGCCAGGCCCGCCGCCCUACCGCCCGGAGUGCGUCGGCAUCUGGGUGCUCUACCGCGGCCAGCACACCGCCUUUGCCCACUUUGACCUCAACGACCCGACGAUUCAGGCGCAGUUCACCCGCAAGAUGCAACGCUGGGACGCGUUAAUCGACACACCCGCGACGCCGGUGACCUUCUUUCGCAGCAUCUCCGCACGCGACCCCAUGGAGGAAAUACGACUUGUCCGGGACGUGGAGGCGGCCCUGGCGGCACGUAAUCCGGCGCUUGAUUUUCGUAUUGUACUGGUCGCCCACGAUCAGGGGCUUGUGACUCGCAGUGUCGAACUCACCCCACUUUCGCCGCGUGUGUCUCUCUGGGCACUGACAUACACCCGCGACGCCAGUUUUUCAUUGUUUGACCGCUCGCAGCAGGCCUACGCCGACAUCGUUUUGCACAGUCUGCAGGAGGAAAACUGGCCACUCGACCCGGCGCGGGCGCCACUGCCGGUGGGUCUGCGAGACACAGAGGCUGACUACGAACGCCGCGUCCUGCACCGAGCCGAUGGUGGUGGCGGUGUUUCUUUUGAUUCUCUCCGGGCAGAUGCAUUUCCGUGGCGCAGCCACGACAACAUUGCCCUGAUUGAGGGUGUGGCGAGCGUGGGAGGCACCUGCGUGGGGAUAGGCAGCACACGGUGCGUUGACGGUCGUUGUGCCUUUUGCGGCAACGCAGACUACCACAAGGCCGGUCGUCCCUUUCGCACAGAUCGACCCUUCACCGCGGAGGAGGACGAGCUGAUAUUAGUUCACCUGUAUCGCAUACUCACCGGUGGCGAUAAAAUUGAGGCGGUCGAGGACCUUGCGCACCAGAUGAAGCGUGGCGCCUUUGAGGUCAUCUGCCGCAUUCGGCACCUCACCAAUUCCAGUGUGAAGAUCAUGGACUACGCCUGGGAACACGAGGGGGCAGAACCGUCUGGCUGA